GAACAAAUCCCAGAUAUGAGAGGAAUCCUUCAACCACUUACCAGGCAGCCGGAGAAAGAGAGAGAGAGGGAGAGUGAGAGAGAGAGAGGGUGGAGAGAAGGUGAGAAUAGAAAGGGAAAGAGAUGGAGAGAGCAGACAGAGUGUGAGGAAGCGUUCGACGAUAGUGUGUUGUGUCACCAACAGGUCAGUGGACUCACCGGGUGGAUUAUGUCCAAACCUUCCACCAACGUCAAGGCCCUUCAGGCUAAUUUGAACAUCCCGAUGGGAGCUCUGCGUCCAGGGGCGGGACAUCCUGUGAAGAGGAGAGAGGAGACAGUGGACACAGAGGAGGCUCAGUCACCAGAAGAACCCAGUGCUGCAGAGCAGACACCAGAGGAGAAGAAGACGAUGCCCGGCGCAGUCAAACUGCCCGGUCCUACUGUCGACCUGUCAGAGCUGCAAAACGUGAAGAGUGAACUACGAUGGGUCACCAAGGAUUAACAUGCGUGGAGGACCCGCAGCCAACCAGGCCGAUACCAACGCAGACGAUGCUCCUAGACACCGACCUGCCCACUGCCAACCGAGAAGAGCAAACCCCAGUCCAGCCCCUCCACCAACAGCUUCCUGCCACGCCAACAUCUGCAGGAGAUCCAGUCGCACCGGGACGAGAGCGUCCAUCGCCUCCUCCAGUCACGUUGUCAUUCGAAUCACACUGUAAACAAACAGGUGAACUCUGUUCUGCAGCUUCCUUGGACGUACUCGUAGAAGUGGUUGGUUCUGUUCUCUGAUUUGUGUUAUGUUGUUAUAACCAACACAAAUGUAUCAUUGAAGUCUCCUCCAAUGAAACCAAAAUUGAUUCCCCUUCAAAUGAAGACUUUGACAGCUUGUCAAAUCUGUCCAGCACUGAUUCUUACCUUUCUGACCCUUUUAACUGUUGCUGGGAUUUUGCGGGACUUAACUUUAGUUGUGUUACUUUUGGGGGGAUUAUUAUAAUGUUGCUGUUGAUUAAGGGUUAUGAUGAUAGAUAUCGUUAGUAGAACUCUGCAAUAAAUGAAGUUGUUCUAAAGAUCA